AUGUCUGCCGUCCAACCGGUUGCUGUCUAUGCCCUCCGGGUUCCUGCCGGCGCCAUGGUGCCCGCUGUGCCCAACGCCGCUGCCUCGUUCCGUGUGAGCAUGGCUGCUAUUGACCCCGAUGAGGAGCCUGAGUUCGAAGAUGGCGACUCCAGCAAGCCUGCGCGCGCCAUCUUGAAGAUUGUUCGCCCUCCUCCCGGUCUCGACAUGUGCUGCGAUUCCGACGAUGAGGACUACAGUGACGAGGAGGACUACGAUGAGGAGGAAGACUCUGAUGAUGAGGAAGUCAACGGUGGACCCAGCGACAAGGAGAAGGCCCGCAAGCUCAAGCAGGCCGCCGCCCAGAAGGAACUCGAGGAGGCCAUGGAGGAGGAUGAUGAGGACGACGAGGAGGAGGAGGAGGGCGGUUUCGAUCUGAAGGCUGCCAUCUCCAAACUCAUCAAGGGCAAGAGUCCCCUCACCGGUGAUGAUGAUGACGAGGAGGAUGACGAGUCCGAAGAGGGUCUGGACCUUGACGAGAACGUUAUCUGCACCCUGUUCGCCGACAAGAACUGCCAGCAGCCUCUUGACAUCACUGUCUGCGAGGGUGAACCUGUCUUCUUCAAGAACACUGGUAACCAGACCGUUUUCCUGACUGGUAACUACGUCAUUGGCAUCGACGAGGGCCGCGAGCCUUACGAUGAGGAUGAGGAGGACGAGGACGACUAUGACCUCUCUCCCGACGAGGAUGAGCUCGACAUGGAUGAGCUGAUGGCCAUGAAUGGUGACGAGAGCGACGAGCUGGAUGGUAUGGAUGAUCCCCGUAUCACCGAGGUCGACAGCGAGGAAGAGGCUCCCAAGCUGGUUGAGGCCAAGGGCAAGGGCAAGAAGCGUGCUGCUGAGGAGGAGAGCCUCGACGACAUGAUGGCCAAGGGAGCCAAGGGAAAGGCUACCAAGGAGGAGCCUGCUCUGACCAAGGCCCAGCAGAAGAAGCUGAAGAAGAAUAACGGCGAUGCCGCCCCGGUUGAGCCCAAGAAGGAGGCUAAGGCUGACAAGAAGGAGGCCAAGGCUGACAAGAAGGUCCAGUUCGCCAAGAACCUGGAGCAGGGUCCUACCCCCAAUGGUGACAAGCCCACUGGCACCCUCGGCGUGAAGGAGGUCAAGGGCGUGACGAUUGACGAUAAGAAGCUCGGCAAGGGUGUUGCUGCCAAGAGCGGCAACACUGUCGCUAUGCGCUACAUCGGCAAGCUCGAGGAUGGCAAGGUCUUCGACUCCAACAAGAAGGGCAAGCCUUUCUCCUUCAAGCUUGGCAAGGGCGAGGUCAUCAAGGGCUGGGACAUCGGUAUCGCUGGCAUGGCCCCCGGUGGUGAGCGUCGCAUCACCAUUCCCUCUCACCUCGCCUACGGCAAGAAGGCGCUCCCCGGCAUCCCCGCCAACUCCAAGCUGAUCUUCGACGUCAAGCUGUUGGAGAUCAAGUAA